AUGAGCGCAUAUUCACUAACCUGGUCCGCGCCUAGCUACCUCCCGAAAGGAGCGAUCGCUUUCGAUGAAGAAGAGGCCGGCGUAAUCGGCCACCCCCACUGCGAUCCGCUCGUGAUCAAUCUCGUGAUAAGAGAUCUUGAAGUCGCAAGGGUUCUCAUCGACACGGGAAGCACGGUCAACGUCAUCUUCCGCGAUACUCUCAAGAGGAUGAACGUUGAGCUAGGAGAAGUCGUACCAUCUCCCAAGCAGCUAACCAGUUUCGAGGGCACGACGUCAAUGACACUCAUAUUGAUUAAACUGUGCGUUGCUGUGAAAGAAGUCACGAAGAUUGUCAACUUCGCGAUCGUCGACCACCCGGCCAUUUACAACGUCAUCAUGGGCACACCUUGGCUAAACGCCAUGAAGGCAGUCCCGUCGACUUAUCACUUAGACAUCAAAUUCCCGACAAAUUACGGAAUUGCCGCGAUCUGUGGAUGCCAUACACAGUCAAGACGUUGCUUCCUGGCCAAACACAAGCUAAAGCAAAUCACUACCACCGCAAUGGUGAAACCCAAACGGGCGAAGCUAAUUCAGGCACAAACUGAAAAUGCUUCGGAAAAAGACGGUCUAGAAUCGUCGACUCAAGCAACAGACAAGAAACAACCAGUUUCGGAGCCCAGCGUUUCAACCCAACCAGAGGAGAAAAACCUGGUAGAAGACGUUUGUAACACUUCCAAACCGUCCUAG